UGCUAAAGUAUCAUCAGAUCGAAGCAUCACGUCAACGAUCAUCCAUCGAGUUACAGUUUCGAGUUUGGAAUCGCAUCGUUGAACGUGAUUUUCAAGAUGAUCAAGACCGCGACGAUUUUACUCGCUCUCGCGAUGUGCGCUACAGCCUCGUUCCAGAGAGGAUCCAACGGUGGACAACAAGGAGGCAGAUGGUCCCAAGGAGGACGACAAGAAGGAUUCGGUGGUUGGCAGCAGAGAGGAAUCGGCGGACAGGAAGAAUCCCGUUGGCAGCAAGGAGGAAUCGGUGGAGCGCAGGCAGGAAUCGGUGAACAAGGAGGAUUCGGUGGACAGCAAGGAGGAUUCGGUGGUUGGCAGCAGAGAGGAUUUGGAGGACAGGGAGAAUCUGGCUGGCAGCAGGGAGGAAUCGGUGGAGCGCAGGCAGGAAUUGGCGAACAACGAGGAUUCGGUGGACAGCAAGGAGGAUUCGGUGGUUGGCAGCAGAGAGGAUUUGGAGGACAGGGAGAAUCUGGUUGGCAGCAAGGAGGAAUCAGUGAACAAGGUGUAGGAUUCGGUGGACAGCAAGCAGGAUUCGGAGGAAAACAAGGACGAUUCAUUGUCCAGCAAGUUGGACUUGGUGGCCAAGAAGCGGGAUCCAGUGGAUUGGAAUCAUUCGGUAGACAGCAGGGAGGAUUCGGUUGGCAGCAAGAAGGACUUGCUGGACAGAGAGGAGGGUUUGGCAGACAGCACGGCAGAUAUUUGUACUAGAAUCGUUGAGAUGGUGGCUGACAACAUGGAUUAAUGUUCGGGAAAUGGUUUUUAUUGUUUUAGCAUAUACGAAGACAACCAAAUUUUGCUGUCAAUUAUUGCUCGCCCUUUUUCUCGAUGUAUAAUCGAACUGAAAGAGAAAAUGGGAUUACAGUAAUACAUAAUUAUGGAUUUAGCACAAA